AUGGUCAGCACGCGCUCGUCCUCGUCGCGCGCCGGCAGUCUCGCCCCCGACGCCGCGACGCCACCAAACCCGCCCUCGGCCGCCGCCGCCGCCAGCCGCUCCUCGCCCUCGCCGAAGCCGCCGUCGCGCCGCCCCGGCCGCCCCCGUCGCAGCAACAUGGCGUCGUCGUCGUCGUCGGGCGCACCCGCCGGCGGCUGGGCGCACACGCCCACGCCCGCCACGCUCCUCUGGAUGGCCAUCUCGCUGCCCCUCGUCGUCUGGGACACGGGCUACGUCCUCGGCCGCCCGCACACCAUGGAGGGCGGCCGCCUGCACUGGCCGCUCUGGGUCCCCUACAAGCUCUACGGCCAGGUCGACCACAUCUACGGCUGGAAGGCAUUUGAGGCCCGCAACGGCUUCACCGCCGCCCAGGGCUUCCUCAACCUCGUCGAGACGGCCAUGUACGUCGCCUACCUCUGGCUCUACUUCCGCUCCUCCGACGCCGACGCCGACGCCGGCCCCCGCUCCGGUGCCGCCGCCGCCGCCGCCGCCUCCCCUCGCACAAAGGCCAUCCGCGGCCGGCCCGGCGCCGCCGCCGUUCUCAUUGGCUUCAGCGCCGCCGUCAUGACUCUGAGCAAGACGGUCCUGUACUGGAUGAAUGAGUACUACAGCGGCUUCGACAACAUUGGCCACAACGCCAUGAUCCAGCUCCUCUACCUCUGGAUCAUCCCCAACGGCGCCUGGCUCGUCGGCUCGGCCUACAUGAUCUACUCCCUCGGCGGCGACAUCCUCCAGGGUCUCGAGAUAGCCUCCGCACACGUCAAAGAGGAGUGA